GAUAUGGAGUCAGCCAUUCAGACACUGGUGACCACGUUUCUUAGUUCUUCUAAGGGGAAGGAGAACCUAGACAGCAAAUCUUUUAAAAAAAUGGUCCAAAAACAGCUUGGUGGCAUGAUGGAGGAUACAAACAGCAGCUCUGCUAUUAAAGAGAUGCAGCAGGGUCUGGAUGAGAACAGCGAUGGAAAGGUCAGCUUCCAGGAAUACCUGACCUUGAUCGGCUACCUGGCGAACUCUCUUAGUCAGAGUAAAUCUGGAUCCAACGCGAAUGCAUCCUAA